AUGUCUAUCGUAAAGUAUGGCAACUUCUGCAACAUCGGCCGUUUCCCAGGCAUUAAAUUAGAGUCGGACAGUUUCUGGAGCGGGUCUGGCUGUGUGCCGGUUUACAGUAACCCCUGCGUGAAACCUUUUGUUGAUCCUUGUGUGAAUCCCUGCGUGAAACCUGUCAUCAACCCUUGCGUGAAACCUGUCAUCAAUCCUUGCGUGAAACCUGUAGUCAAUCCUUGUGUGGUUCCUUCUGUCAACCCAUGCAACAACCCUUGCGCCAUCCCUUGCGACUAUGUGAAGCCGCGCUGUGAUUAUGACUGCAAGGAAGUUGUCCUCAAGGACUGUGCGGAUGACUGCCAGGUUGUGCGCACCUGCGAAGAUUUAGUUCUGCAGGUUCGUUGUGUUGACCUGAUGAAAUUCUGGAAGUGUCAGAAUCGUCAGGAGCAUCACACCAGUUGUUUCCGCAGUGAUCACCUCAUUGUCCGUAGAGGACAGUGUUUCCAGAUGUGGAUUGAGCUUUCCCGUCCAUUCAAUCCGAAAUGUGACCAACUUCACCUGGAGCUGAAACUUGGUAAUGUUCCAUCAAUUUGCAAUGGCACUCUGGUGAUUGUUCCAUUAGUGGAUGAAUUCAAGAAAUGCCGUUGGGAGGCCAAGAUUGUCGAACGGGUACAAAACCGAAUCAAACUGUGUGUGUACUCCCUUCCAACUGCUUGCAUUGGACGAUACAGCCUCACCAUUGUGACUUGUGGCCCGAAGGGCAGGGCCACUUCGUUCUGCAACCCUUGCAAUGACAUUUACAUGCUGUUCAACCCCUGGUGUAAAGAUGACUCUGUGUAUCUGGAUGAAGAGGCCCAGAGAGUUGAGUAUGUGCUGAAUGACGCAGGAAAAAUCUACUAUGGAACUAAACGUCAGAUCGCUUCCAGAACCUGGAACUUCGGUCAAUUUGAUGAAGGAGUUUUGGCUGCAUGUUUCUAUGUGUUGGAGAAGAGUGGUGGCCUUUGCACUGGAUGGGGAGAUCCUGUUAACGUGGUGAGAGUGAUAUCUGCCAUGAUUAAUGCCAAUGAUGACUGUGGUGUGCUGGUGGGUAACUGGUCAAACUGCUAUGGAGAUGGAACUGCUCCGACAUCCUGGUGCGGCAGCAGUGCCAUCCUGAAACAGUACCACAAAUGUGGAGGAAUACCUGUCAAAUAUGGACAGAGCUUGGCCUUCGCUGGAGUCACCAACACACUGUUGAGGUGCUUUGGCAUUCCUGCUCGUCCAGUCACAAACUUCUGUUCUGCUCAUGACACUGAUGUGUCUAUGACAGUAGACGUUUUUCUUGAUGAGAACUAUGAUCUGAUCGAUAAUUUGAACCGUGAUUCAAUCUGGAACUACCACGUGUGGAAUGAGGCCUGGAUGACACGAACUGAUCUGCCAUGUGGUUUCGGAGGUUGGCAGGUGGUUGAUUCCACUCCUCAGGAAACCAGCCAGGGAUUCUUCCGCUGCGGCCCCACCUCUGUUGCUGCAGUUCGCAGUGGGCAGGUCUGCCUCAAGUAUGACACACCCUUCGUUUUUGCAGAGGUGAACAGUGAUGUAGUCUUCUGGCAGCGGACAGCUUGUGGAACAUUCGAUGUGGUCCAUGUUGACAAGAACGCAGUUGGUCACUGCAUCAGCACAAAGGCUGUUGGCUCAGACAAACGUGUGGAUAUCACACACCACUACAAACACCCUGAAGGUUCGGAGGAGGAACGCCAUGCUGUGGAAACGGCCCUUCGUCAUGGCUGCAGGAGAUGCGUGUACCCACUGCCCUGCGCUGAGGACGUAUUCUGUGAUAUCACCAUGAAGGGUGAUGGACCAUGUGUGGGCAAGGAUGCCAUGCUCUGCAUCUCUCUGAAGAACAAAUGCAGCUCACCCCGUAGCAUCACCCUCCACAGCCAGGUGUCUGCCACAUACUACACCGGAGUCCACAAGGCCUUGGUGAAGAAGGACCAGACAUGCUUUGAGCUCAAGGCCAGUGAAACCAAGGUUCUGGAGUGGUGCCUGCGAUAUGAGGAUUAUAAGAAACACCUUGUGAAUCAUUCAACCAUGAUGCUCACUGUCGCUGGACGGGUCACUCAAACCAAGCAAAUUGUGGCCAAACGCUUCAACUUUAGACUGUGCACUUCAGAUCUUGUUAUUACUCCUGGAUGUGACUGUGUGGUGGGCAAAGAAGUGCCAGUAAAAAUCACAUUCCAGAACCCACUGCCCUGCGUGCUGAAGAACGCAGUUUUCCGUAUCGAGGGACUGGGAAUGAAACACUGCAGAUCGAUUAACUAUGGUGAAAUCGCAAGCCUGGCCACAGUGAACCUGACUGAGACAUUUAUUCCUAAGUGUCCCGGCCCUUACAAACUUCUGGCUUCGCUUGAUUGUCCUCAGCUGACUCAGGUGCAUGGAUUCGCUGACGUUGUUGUCAAAGAAAAGUGAAGCAGCUCUCAAAUAAGUGGAGGAGUAGUAAGCUUUCAGUAUGCUUUUCACAUGGAUUGAUUUGCAGAGUUAAAGAAGGGAAUUUUAGUUAUGCAAUCUUUAGUAAAGGGUGAACCAAAGGGUACAUUUAAUCUUGGGAUCUUGCUUUUAGAGGACGAUUUAGGCCAGACAUUGUUUUUA